CGGACCGGAUCCGGAAGCCGUGGUCACGCUGCCAUGGCGGAGUGGGUGCAGCGGCGGCUGGAGGAGCGGAUCCCGGAGCUGGAGCAGCUGGAGCGGGCGGGGCUGCUGGCGGGGGGGGAGCGGCGAGCGGUGAUAAGGAAGGUCACUACCCUGGAACACAAGGUGCACCGGAGAGUGCUCAGUAAGGAGAACUUCAUCAGCUACAUCCAGUAUGAAAUUAACUUUCUCGAAUUGCUGAAGAGGCGACGAGUGCGAACUGGCUACAACUUUAAGAAAGAGGAGGUUGAAUAUGCCAUUGUUAAUCGGGUUCAUGGAUUGUUCCAGCGAGCUCUGGCCAAAUGGAAGGGCGACAUCCAGUUAUGGCUUUCUCAUGUAGCUUUCUGCAAGAAAUGGAAUGCCAAGGUCAAGUUAAGCAAGGUGUUUUCUGCAAUGUUAGCCAUUCAUUCUGACAAACCAGCAUUAUGGAUCAUGGCAGCCAAGUGGGAGAUGGAGGAUCGGUUGUCCUCAGAGAACGCAAGACAGUUGUUCUUACGAGCUCUCCGGUUUCACCCAGAAUCUCAGAAGUUGUAUCAGGAGUAUUUCCGGAUGGAACUGAUGCAUGCAGAGAAACUCCGCAAGGAAAAGGAGCUCUUGGAGAUGGCGAAACUGGAGCGGGAUGAUACGAUGCCUCCAGAGGAGAUCGUCAGUGGGGAAUUGGCACGCAUUGUGUAUAAGAAUGCCAUUCAGAAAAUUGCCGGAAACGUGGAGUUCCAUCUGUCCUUCUGGAACAUCGCCGUGCUCUUCGACUUCAGCCAGAAGCUGCAGGCCGAGAUUGUCACAGACCUGCAGACACUGUACCCACACCAGGCACUGACCUGGGACUUUGUUGCCCGACGAGAGCUGGAGCUGGGUGCAGCAGAGGCAGCGGGGCCCUCUGCAGAACGCAAGCAGAAGGUUGUUGAUGCCGCGGAGCUUGCCCGCCGGGAGCAGCGCUGCUGUGCCGUGUACGAUCAGGCUGUGGUCUCCGUGCCAACGGAAGCCAUGUGGAAAUGUUACAUCACUUUCUGCCUCGAGCGAUUCAGACGGAAAACUAACAAGCAGUCUCUCCGAGAGAAGAGGCUGCAGCAAGUGCUGUCUGUGUUUGACAGAGCGAAGGAAGCCUCUCUCCUGCCCCAGGCGCUCUACAAACAGUGGCUUCGUUUACUGAUGGAGUCUGGUGAUGGAGACAAGGCUGUCCAAGUGGUGGAGACGGCAUGCGCUGGAUUUGGGAACUCCCUGGAGAUGUGGCAGAGCAGCCUGGAGGUGCUGAUGGAGCUGCAGAAUCCUGGCGUCAGACGGCUCUUCCAGGAGGCUUUUCAGAAAGUUUCCCUGGCGGACAGUUUACCGCUGUGGCUUCUGUACCUGAAGUGGAGCGAAUCUACGAGCAGUGUCAACGAGACAGAAACUCUCUAUCAGCAAGCCCUGCGGACAUCCAUCCCGGCCAUCUCUGUAACCGUGAAAGAGAAUUACCUGGACUGGGCCCUCAGGGCAGGCGGCCAUGAGAAAGCACGGAAGGUGUUCACCAGUCUCCACGAGAACAGGCCCUUUUCCCUGGAGUUCUUCAAGAAAAUGAUUGCGAUUGAGAAGGAGCAGGACUGCAGUAACAUGCAGCGGCUCAGGGAAUACUAUGAGCGAGCUCUACGAGAGUUUGGAUCCACAAACGCAGAUCUCUGGCUGGAGUACAUCAUGGAGGAGCAGCAGCACCCCCAGGGGAAGGCUGAGCACACAGGGCAGAUCCACUGGAGGGCCAUGAAGGUGCUGCAGGGAGCAGAGGUGGAGAGGUUUGUGUCUCAGUUCACACUGCUGCAGACGGGGCACGUGUAGGUGCCGGCCAUCCCCACCCGUGCUGUCGGACAGCGCCGCUCCACUGGACCCAUUUCUCUGAUUCUAGCAUCGGAUCAAGAUUCUCUGCAGUCUCCCAGUCUGGAUUCCCGCAGGGAGCGUUGGCCCCAACCCACCCACCCGCGGGGAGCAACGACCCACCCCGGGGGUGAGAGCCAUCGUUCCUCAGACCUGAGUUGUUUCACCCUGUGAACUGGCAGAUAAAGUUCUGGAUUUGAUGUC